AUGGCAAAUGUUGUAACACACCCCCACCUCCAAGUCGGCUUCAACGCCCGCCCCGUGGGCCACUCCCCCACCCCCAUAGGCUUCGGGUUCGGCCUGUCAGCGACGCCUGUGGUCCAAGGCUGGCCGUCGGCUUCGCACGCACAAGCCUUCCAAUGGGCCACCCACCAGCAAACCCCCCAACCGCAGCUUCGAGUGGCGAAGAGGCGUCAUGAACCAGAGGAGGGCGACCGGGACGAUGCUAUGGAGAGGAGUCCAACCCCGGAGAGAGUUAGGCGCUCGAUACCCAAGCGUGCCCGUACCACCCCCACACUGGUAACAGUUGGGAAGGAGCCGCAGGGAAGCAAGGAGAGCAAGCCGGCUGCGGAUGAUAACGAUGUUGAUGUUGGAUUUCUUCUCGCGUCUCUACCGCCACAAUCGCUUCUGCCCCUCCUCAGCUCCCUCUUGGCCGCCCAACCCUCUCUCAAGCCGACAAUUCUUUCUCUGAUCCCUCGCCCUACCCUGGACGCCGCUCUCGAGAGUCUCUCGAUCUCGGCCCAGAAGCUGAAAGACGCGUAUCCCUACUCAAACUCUGCGUUCGCUCAACCGGGUGCUGCAUGGGGCGGUACGGGAGGGUUCGGCGGCCGCGCGGGGACCGCUUCUUUCAACACCGGAUUCGGCUUUGGCAGCAGAACUGGCGCAGGUCCUUCUUUCGGCGCCACCACGAACGCUCCCGGAGGCAUGCGCGACGAAUACAUCCUUUCUCGCAUCCAGCCUCAUAUUCAAGACUUCGUCUCUGCAUGUCUCUCGUAUCUUCCGUACUUCUCCAACGCCACACCGGACGUGACCUCCUCACCGCGACCACAUGCUGCGCAAUCACACGCCACGGCUCUGCGACAACAGCACAAGGACAAACUCCAUCCCACCGAGACCUACAUGUUCCUCGCGGCCCUUACAUCCCACAUCCUGUCGCAGCCUGCUCUCACGCAGACCACGCUUGUACCCAUGCUCGCUCCACGCUUGGCGGUGGAAUGGAAGGCUUGGGUAGAUCAUGUCGACGCAUCGGUCAACAUGCAAGGCGGCAUGUACGGGAGGGAUACUGUCCAGAUCUGGGAACGCGGGCUGGACGAGUUUGCACAAGCGAAGGGCAACGAGAUGGAGGUGAUGAAGGAGGUACGCGAUCGCUGGGUUUCGAAAGUCGGCUGGCUCGUUGGACGGCAACCUAUGGAGGGGAUGUGAUCGGCUCGGGACGUUUGGCAGCGCAACUCGUCUUUAUGGUUAUGUGAACAUUCUCUGCACUCCCACAUAUUCCCCGGCUCCAGGUUAUCAUGAUGCAGCCGUGUAUACGCUCUCAUCUGGUCAUUCAUAAUGUUCGAUGAUCCCUUACUAUACAUCAUCUACGCAGUCACUCUUUGCACCUUGCUGUCCUCUUCCCCUGCACCCCUGCAAUUGUACGCCCACAUCAUCACUGGUUAUGCUAGCACGGAACGUCACGACACGAAUAUACUAU